ACGUAGCAGCAGCAGAUGAAUCUGUACAGUUCUGUUGGACUUUGCUUACAAUUAAGUAGAAGCAAAUAGGCAGACAGAGGCACUCCCAAACACACACACAAAAAAACAAAAUAAAUACGAUAACAAAUCACUCCCAAAUCAAAACAGGAUCAGCUAUCAGAAUGUCCAAGCUCAGCGCUUUAUUCGUGCUCAGCUGCCUGCUGGCCUUUGCCUUGGCUGUGCCGGAGCCACGCCAGCUGCGUCAACAGCAGCAACAGCUGCGUCAGCAAUUGCAGCACUUGCAACAUCCGUAUCUCUUCUUGAGCGUGCCACGUGGACGCGCCAAUGCUGGCGCCGUGGUUCAAGGCUUUGAGAUUGUCGAAGAGCCCGAAGAUGACAUCGACCAUCUUGGCAACGAUGAUGAUGAUGAUGAAGACGAUGACGCUGCUGUGCAGCAUGACGAUGACGAUGAAGAAGACGAUGAUGAGGACGAACACGAAGCGCACUUGCAACGUGGCUUGAGCUUGGCACGCAAUGGUCAGCUGGUGCUGCUUAAGAACGAUGCCGAACAGGACGAUGACGACGAUGACGAACAGGACGAUGACGAACAGGACAACGCUGCCCCACAGCUGCCUUUGGUCCUAGCCAAACCAGGUCUGGCUCGCAAGUCCGUCGCUGGCGCUGCCAAGGCUCAGCCGCUGCUGAAGAACGCCAAGCCCACGCAAAUGAUGGUGGCCAGAGAUCAGGCCGGUGCCAUCAUGGUGCCCGAUGGCAUCGUCGAGAUCGAGGGUCAGAGCAUUGUCGAUGAGAAGACGGGCAAGGCAGCGUUGCUCGUGCCACGUGCCGCACUCGAUGCCAUUCCCGAUGGCGCCGUUGUGGCGCUCAUGGAGCGCAGCAGCGCCACCGAUGCCUUGGCCGCCGUCGGCGAGGAGCGCGCCAAUCGUGUGAUUGUGCGUCGCCGCAAGAACGCCGGCCGUCGCAACGUUGUGCGUCGUCGUCGCGGCGGUCGCCGUCCGGUGCAGCGUCGUCGCCGUGGCGGACAGCGUCGUCGUGGUGGCAACAACAGGCGUCGCAAUGUCCGUGUCGUGCGUCCCAAUGGCAAUCGCAGACGCGGCAACGUCCAGCGUCGUCGCGGUGGUCAGGUCAUGUUCCAGGGUUAAGCAGCAAUCAGCAAGCAGAAAAUCGCCGGGAGCAAACCAUACUUCUAGUAUUAUAGUUAAGCGAUACAACAGACACAAAAUGUGA